AUGCUGGUGCCUCUCGUGUGCCUCGUGCUCGCUAGCAGCACCGCGACCAACGCGCCCCACUUUCUCAGCGAAUCGCGGCUCCGCGACACAUCUGCUCCUCCUGCUGCUGCGGCCUCGCCUCCCCGCGCCCGCAGUUCCGCUGCUCCCGCGUGGUUCAGUCCGCUGCUGCUUGCCUCCGCUGCUCAUACCAGCAGACGCCUCUCGCAAGAGGAAGCAGGCAGUGAGGUGUGGAGGGCGGCAUGGGCUGUGGGAGGGUGGAGCAGGCGGAGAAAAAAGUUUCCACGCGAAGAGACUCUCAGGGACGUGAAAGAGAGUGGCAGGGAGGGUCGGGACGGCAGCAGGGGAGUGGCGAAUGCAGGCAUGCAAGACACCCUGAGCUUCUUUGAUGGUGCAAGCUCACAGCAGCAGCAGCAGCCGGUGAGAGGAGAUCAGCACGACGGUUCCCCCUUCAGCCGCCACUCCACCCCUUCCCACUUCCGCCUCCCCUCCGAGUCCACAUCCUUCCUCUGCCCCUUCCUGACGGAGGUGCGGGUGGGGGUGGGAGCGAGCAAGCAGCGGUUCAUAGUGCUGGUGGACACGGCGUCCGACCUCUUCUGGCUGCCCUGCAACUGCAUCCACCCCUUCCUGACGGAGGUGCGAGUGGGGGCGAGCAAGCAGCGGUUCAUAGUGCUGGUGGACACGGCGUCCGACCUCUUCUGGCUGCCCUGCAACUGCAUCCAGUGCGCCACCCAGAGCUCCGUGCCCGGCGUGCCCGUGCAACCCCCGUACAAUCCGGCCCUCUCAGCGACCUCCCAGUCCAACUACUGCUUCUCGCCCGCGUGCACGUCCUUCGCCGCACAGGACAAGACGGCCUCCGUGGGCUGCCUCGUCUCCUCCGCGCUGCCAGCGCCCGACCCGCUGUGCCAGUACGCGGCCACCUACACGGGCCCCGAGGGAGGCAGCGUGGGGAACCUGCUCCAAGAUGCCCUGCACGCUGCUGUUUCUAAGGGUAGCAGCUCUGCUGCAAAUGUGACCUUCGGUGGUGAUGGUUGUUGGGAGGGUGGUGGCGGCGGAGGGAGGGAGGAAGAGAGCAGGAGUCCAGAGGCGUGCCCUCCGCGUUGCCAGUGCCCGACCCGCUGUGCCAGUACGCGGCUACCUACUCGGGGCCUGAGGAAGGCUGGGAGCGUGGGGAACCUGCUCCGAGAUGCCCUGCACGCUGCUGUUUCCAAGGGUAGCAGCUCUGCUGCCAACGUGACCUGCGGGUGCGGGCGGUACCAGACCGGUUUCCUAUCCGGCAGGAGCGCGGCCCCCAACGGCGUGUUUGGCAUGGGGCGGGGGGCGCUGUCGCCUCUCUCGCAGCUGUCAGCGCAGGGCGCCAUGAGCAACGCCUUCUCGCUCUGCAUGGAGGGCGAUCCGGGCGCACGCGUCACUGCCUUUGCCGCUUCUGCGGCUGCUGCUGCUGCUGGGGGGGGGAGUGCGGGGGCAGAUGCGGGGGGUGUGGGAGUAGGCGCGGGGAAGCUGCUGAUGGGCGUGAAAGGCGUGCCUGCUGGCGCGCAGUCAACCCCCAUUGUGUCCAGCGACUUUGAGCCCUUCUACUUCAUAAACGUGACGGGCAUGGCAGUGGGGAACGCAACGCUCGCCUUGCCACGCUCCGCCUUCCCGCCCCUGGACGCCUCUGGCAACGGCGGCACCGUUCUUGACUCCUCCGCUUCCAUCACUGUGCUGCCCACGCAGGCAUACCAAGCCAUGGCCACCCAGUACCUGGUGGCGGUGCCAGGGUUGAAGUACGACUAUACUCUCAGCGACCAGCAGGGAGUCGACUGCCUCAACGCCUCCGCCUACGCUCAGCCAACAGAGAGCGCCUUCCUCGCCCAGUUCCCCACGCUCUCGCUCAUCCUCGCCAACGGAGCACUAUUCAUCGUGCAGCCCUCCGCAUACCUCUACCUCGUGCGUGCGGACGUGAUCUGCUUCGCCAUCACGCCCUCGCUCAACAGCAACCAGCACACCAUCAUCCCGGACUCAUGGCUGACCAACCGCUACAUGGUGUUUGACAACGAAGCCAACAAGCUCUCCUGGCUGGACGUCAACUGCACCACUGGCUUCAGCGACAUUGUCGACUCACUCCCUCCUCCCGCUCCUUCUCCUCCACCUGCUCCUUCUCCUCCCCCUGCUCCUCCUGCUCCUCCUGCUCCUCCCACAUCCACUCUUCCUUCCCCACCAUCCACCAACGCCCCUCCAUCCCCAAACACCACCACCACACCUCCCCCCCCAUCUGCCAACUCUCCCCCCUCCCCAGUUACCAACAGUCCGCGGCCCCCACCAUCCUCUAAUGCUCCUUCCUUCCCGAAUUCCACCACCACCCCUCCCCCUCCACUUGUCAACCCUCCCCCCUCCCCCACUACCAACAGUCCGCUCCCCCCACCAUCAUCCUCCCCUCCUCGCCCCGGCAGCAGCGCCGCCUCUCCCCCAACUGCCCCUCCUCCCCCUGGCUGGGUUUCACCCCCUUUCCCCCCCGGCGGAAUGUCACCUCCUCCCCCCCCUGGCGGGAUCUCAACCGCUCCCCCCUCAGGAGAAACUUCACCCCCGGGGGUCAUUCCUCCUCCUCCCAUCGCCCCUCCGCCGUCCCUUGGCCCACCUCUAGCCCCAGCGCCCCCUUCACCUCCCGGCGCUUCUAACCCCUCCAUUGCUCCUCCACCCUCCCUAUCUCCCUCCUCUCCCCCCUCCCCUUCCUCCCCCUCCUCCCCACUCCUCCCUCCUGGAGCCUCCCCCUCAUCUCCCGUCUCCCCAUCUCCUGCUUCUCCCCCCUCGUCCGGACCACCACCAUCUCCUGGCACAACAAACCCUACUCCCUCCUCGCCCUCUGCCCCUUCUUCCUCCUCUCCCCCAUCUUCUCUCCCUUCUCCCUCCUCCCCCUCUUCUCCCUCUUCUCCCUCUUCUCCCUCUUCUCCCUCGUCCCCCUCUUCCCCAUCUUCCCUCUCUUCCCCGUCUGCACCCCCUUCUACCACCUCUCCAUCCUCCCCCUCUUCUCCCCCAAAUGCACUCUCCCCAGAAGCCCCCGAAAUCCCCCAACCCCCACCAUCUUCUUCCCCUUCCCCCUCCCUUUCCCCGUCCGAUUCCCCCUCUUCCCCUUCCGAUUUCCCCCCUUCUCCCCCUACCCUCCCCGCGUCCCCCCCACCACCUGGCACCACUCUAGGCCCAUCUGCCUCCCCCAGUGCCCCUGCCCCUUCCGCCCCUAACCUACCCCCCUCACUCCCCUCACCCCACUCCCCCUCCUCAACCCCCUCACCCCUCUCACCACCAAUCGCAGAACCCCCUUCCCAAUCCGCCCCUCCGCCCAUCCUCCCCCCCAUCCUUCCCCCCACUUCAUCCCCCUCCCCAUCCUCCUCGCCACCUAUCUCCCCCUUCCCAUCCCCUCCCUCCUCCUCACCGUCCCCCCCACCCUCUUCCCCUUCGCCCUCCGACUCCCCCUCAGCCCCUUCCCCUUCCUCCCCUUCCCCUUCCUCCCCUUCCCCUUCCUCCCCUUCCCCUUCCUCUCCUUCCACCCCUUCCCCCUCCGCGCCUUCCCCCUCCACUCCAUCCCCAUCCACCCCUUCUUCCCCUUCCCCAUCAUCCCCAUCCCCAUCCACCCCAAGCGACCCCGCCGCCUGCGUCCCCUCGCCCUCCACCUGCUCCUUCUUCUUCGACGGCUAUCAAGGCCAGAUCCCAACAUUCCAGCUGAACCCCUUGCAAGUAGGCGGAGGUGGGGACAUACGGCUGUCGUCCGCAGGGCUGCGGGCGAGUGUGGGCAAGUAUGUGGCGCGCGUGGUGGCGGCUAACAGUGGCCUGGGCGAGGUGGUGUGUCCUGAGGAGAAGAGGCAGGACGUGGGCGGCCAGCUUUACCUGACCGGAUCUGACCUGAUGCAGCGCACAUUCCAGUCAGCAGACUCUCUAGCAGCGGUGGGGGGGGCGUACAUGCGAGUGGUGGUGACCACGGCUCAGAUGGACCUAUUGGGGAUGACCUUCAACAUGAACCCCGGGGAUGGCGACCCUGAGCUGCCAGAGGAUGCUCGCUGCGUUCUCUUCAAACUCGACAUGCCGUCCUGA